AUGGCUUCAUUUAUAUCCCAACCUUUCAAAGCAACGUAUCGGUUUGCUUAUGACCGACCUGCAUAUUUCUGGAGUUUGGUAAUUGGAUUCGUUGGUCCUGUAUAUGUCCUUGUCAUGCCGCCAAUACAAAGGAAAUACGGUCGUGUAAAGCCAGAAAGUAUACCUUACACUUAUCCAAUGCCUAACCGUCCACGUCGACCAACGGUCGGUUACGAGGAUCCAUGA